AUGACUACCAAAGAAGAUGGACAGACUUCUAAAGCAGAAUCUUCUCAUAAGGCGUCCAAAUCCCAAGCAACAGGACCUUCCACGGUGGCAGACACAUCUUCAUCAAAAAUCACCAUGGCCUUACACAACUAUAUCACACUUCUUGACACUCAGGAUCAACCCAAAGAAAUAAGUGUUAUAGUUGACUAUCAGCAAAAAUGCCUACUGGCAUAUGCACUCACGACUACCUCUCAGACUCCAGAGUCUCUUAUCUUCCAAGUCUUUCAGUUUGCUGCUAUAACUCCAAGAGCGCAUUCAAAAGAGCUUGAUGUUGAAUUUGAUCUUGGACAAACCACCUUGCUACUAAAUAAAGAAGAGUUCGAAACUUGUUUAGGUCUAAAACAUGGUUCUCGUGAACCUUCAACAUUUGUCACACCUUCUUCUGCUCAAUUGUCGACAAUGUUCAAGGAAAUGGGGUCCAAAUUUGAAGAAACAGUUGAACCAGACCUCUCAAGAAUUAAUAGAGCUCUCCUUCCCGCGUAA